AAUGGGGCGGAAACAGAAAACUACAAAUAAUCUGUUAAAAUCAGUUCCUUUACCAACUGAAACACAGAAAAUAUCCAAAGUAUUAAACUGGCGUGGCAAAAACCUUUUUGAAAUACAAUUUUCCGACGGUAAUACAACCUUAUGUACUUUGCCACCGAAAUUUCGUAAUCUAAUAUGGGUAAAACGAGGAAGUUAUGUUAUAAUAAAUCCAAUAAAUGAAACUGAACGAGUAAAUAAAAUUGGGGGAGAAAUCGAACACGUUUUAUUUCCUGAACAUGUCAAAAAUUUUAAGUCUGAGGGAAUAUGGCCUCAAGAAUUUGAAAUCCAAGAUGAUGAUAAUAAUAAAAUAGUGGAUUCGAGGAAUGAAAAUACAACGAACUCUGAUGAUCUUUUUGUAAAUACUAACCGUCGUGAAAUUGAUUAUGAUACUUCAUCAAGUGAGAACGAAGAAGUAGAUUAACAGAUUAAGUGUAAUAGCGACAAUCAACCUAUAAGGGGAACCUUAUUUAUUAAUCCGGAAAUUAUAAUGGAUUAUUGUUACAUAUUACGUAAUUGACUUUAUUUGGAAUUUAUGAAAGAUUUUCUGGCAACUUUCAAAACCAGAUUUAGCAACUAAAAUAAUCAUGUUCGUGAUCGAUCCUUGAUUUUUUUGGCCUAGCAUUUAUACAAUGUUAAAGAAUU